AUGGCGUCCGCGGUUGUUGCUCUGUGCGCCAACCACGGACGACGUACUUCAAGAAAACAAGAAAGUAAACUAGAUGUUAUUUCUAAUAAUAAUAACAUGUUUGAUAAUUAUUCACUUGAGAAGGAUGAUCAAUAUCAAGAAAAGUUCCCACCAAGAUCUCCAUUAAGGUCUCCAAAACAACUUAUCACCACCAUUAGUAAUAAAGCUAUGAGCUCAUUAAUCAUCAACCAUAAAAGAAGUGGUGGUGGUGGUGGUGGUGGUGAUAGGGUGGUGGAUGAAGGGUUUGGUGAGGGUGGUUUGUGGCAAAAAGAAAUAUUGAUGGGUGAAAAGUGUCAACCCCCGGAGUUUUCAGGGGUUAUAUAUUAUGAUUGUGAUGGGAAACAAGUUUCUGAGUUUCCUCCAAGGUCUCCAAGGUCACCUAGGAUUGCUCCGUCGCCGGAGUUUACUUUUCCGGUGAUCAAAAGUCAAGUUUAG